AGCGCCGAGGAUCCCGGUGGAGCAGAGCCGGGAUGUGCUGACAGGGAGCGGGCAGGAGGCGCUGGCUGAGCCCUGGGGAAAGCACAGCAGAGGGGCUCUCCAGAGAAGGGUGACAGUAACCUGUGAAUCCUAAACCAGGUGUCCAGUGAUGCAGAUCUUCUAAAGAAACAUGAAACCAAACCCAAAAAGAAAGCACUGAAUUGGGAAAAGUGCAACAUGAGAGCUAAAAAACUGGCCUGUGGAGAAGAGCUGCUGGGAGCUCUGACAGACCUUGAGGACAACUCCUGCAGAUUCUGAUCCAGGCUUUGGCUCAGCCUCCAGUCGGUGCACGCAGAGCUGCGGCUUCAGCAGUCCGGCAUGGAGGUGCUACGUCGCUCCUCAGUCUUUGCUGCAGAGGUGAUGGAGGUUUUUGACAGGUCUCCCACUGACAAAGAGCUUGUGUCCCAAGCCAAGGCUCUCUGCAGAGACUACAUCAACUCAAGGCUGAUCCAGGCAGGUGUCAGCUGGAGCAAGCCCGAGUACAACGCGCCAGUGCCCGGGGGUAAGCUGGCCGAGGUGUCCACCAUACUGCUGCGACUUGGGGAUGAGCUGGAGUACAUCCGCCCCAACGUGUACCGGAACGUCGCCCGGCAGCUGAACAUCUCGCUGCACUCCGAGACCGUGGUGUCCGACGCCUUCCUGGCCGUGGCCGCGCAGAUCUUCACCGCAGGCAUCACGUGGGGCAAGGUGGUGUCUCUGUACGCCGUGGCGGCGGGGCUGGCCGUGGACUGCGUGCGGCACGCGCAGCCCGCCAUGGUUCACACCAUCGUGGACUGCCUGGGCGAGUUCGUCCGCAAGACCUUGGUGACGUGGCUGAAGAGGAGAGGAGGCUGGGCAGACAUCACAAAAUGUGUGGUGAACACUGACCCCAGCCUUCGCUCCCACUGGCUCGUGGCUGCUGUUUGCAGUUUUGGGCACUUCCUCAAGGCCAUCUUCUUCGUCCUGCUGCCUGAGAGAUGAGUCUGAGCUGCCAAGCACAACCCCCUUGCCCCAUCUUCUCUCCCAGUCCAGAAGCAACAAAAAGUAACUGGAGAAGUAAUUCCAGACUGGUAAUGGCAAUCUCUGAAGAGGAGGAAGAGAAGAACUGGGACAAAGAAAAGGCUUGUUCUCCUCUCCCAUCGAGUGGGAGCAGAUGAUCAAGCACAGUCUCCUGUUUGCAGCCACACGAGCCUCUCUCACCGUUAUCCUCCCAAGAAUCUUCUUUCCCUGGGUAUCCUGCAUGUGUGGCCUGGGUGCAGCUGGGACUGUCAGGGGGCUGCUCCUCAUGGCUGUGUUGCAUGCUUCUGCUAGCACCAGGCAGAGGGGAGGAGGAAGGGAACACUAUUUGAAAUGGGAUAAGAAAAUAGGAGAGGGGGAGAGUCCUUCCUUCGCUCCAUGUGAUUGCCCUUUCAGUCCUCAGAUUUUGCCUUGUGUUGAUUCUUGUUGUUACAUCUGUGCUUAAACUUCAUCUCCUCCUUUAUCCCUGAUUCAUUUGGUGGGCUCUGCCCCAGCACAGCGUGGUGGGUUUUUAAUGAGAUAAAACCAAGUAAUCUGUCAACAGAUGCUUGUCCCUGACAUUGGAGAUGGGUCUGAGUAGCUGUGUGAGGGGCAGGCUGAGAGAGCAGCGUGUGUUUUGUUGACCCCUCUUACUGCUCUCACCCCAGUCAAGCAGGAGAGCAAGGGGCAAUGCCUUCAAGCAACGACUCAGGAUGGAAUUUCUCAAGAAGAAAAAUGUAUUUUCCACUGAGAUUCUGUCAGAGCUGAGCAUGUGAGUAGGAAAGGCUGGGGGGCAUGGGCAGAAAUAGGGAAGCAGCAAGUGAUCUGGCUGGCAUUGUGAAAGCAGUGAUCUGUGCUGACAGUAGCUGAUGUAUGUUUCUCCUUUAAUCUCUUUGAAGUACAACUCGUAGUCUUCUUUGUGGCAAACAAUAAAAGAAAAUAGGUGGUA